AUGAAUUCAGAUUUUAUAUGUUUUAGAAAGCAUUUAUUCAAAGAUUCUAUAUAUCAAAUAGACAUUCAAAAUGAAUAACUUAGGUUAAUUAAUGUUGUAUAAAUAUCCCUAGAUAAUUUAGACUUCUGGGAAACCUAAAUAUAUAAUUCCACUUGAUUGGUCCGUAGAUAUUAGUUGGAAUCUAGAAGGAUAAGAGUAAGCUUUUAGAUUAAAAGUGAACUAAAAGUUUAAAUGGUUUUAUGCAAAGCCUUAGACUAUUUAAUAUAUGAAGAAAUAAUUGUAAAAACAUGUGGCAUAAAGAGAUUUUAAUUUCUUUUACACAUUGACAACUCAUUAAUCUAAAGGCUAAAAUGGAAAUGUAUAUGAAAUACUUAAAAAGACUGAUAAUACAGCUAAUUUAGUAGCUAAAUGUAUACAGAAAGAUUAGUUAGAUGAUUAAAAUAUAAUUUUUGAAGAACUUAAUAUAUUAAAACUGUUGAAUCAUCCAAGUCUCCCUGUUUUUGAGGAAUUCUUUUUUACUUAAGGAACUUACUAUAUAAUUAUGGAAAAAAUGUAAGGAGAAAAGUUAAAUACAAUUUUAAACACUUCCAAAAUUUUAUUAAAUCUUCGUUUAAUUUAAUCAAUAAUUUUAGAAUGUUUAUAUAUAUUAUAGUAUCUUGAAUCAAUUUAUGUGAUGCAUAGAGACAUUACUCUGGAUAAUAUACUUUAUGAUUAAUAAAAUAAAAAGAAGUCUGUUAAAUUAAUAAGUUUUAGUAAUGCAGCAAGAGUUGGAACUAGUAUUAAAAUAUGCGGUACUCCAGGUUAUAUAGCACCAGAGAUAUUUUUAGAAUAGAAAUACGGAUGUGAAUGUGAUAUGUUUUCAUUAGGAUGUGUAUUCUAUAAAUUGUAUGAUAAUAAAAUAUUAUUAGAUUAGUUAAGAAAGAUUUAUUUCAUGGGAAUUGUGCAAUUGAAGUAUUAUAGGAGAAUAAGGCAUGUGUUAUAAAUUUAAAAACUUUAUAAUUAUUUCGAAUUCCUAAUAGUGCUUAAGAUUUAUUGGGACAUAUGCUUGAAGUAAAUCCUAAAUUAAGAAUUUCAGUAUCUUAGGCUUUGAAACAUCCAUUCCUCAAUGAUUCAUUGAAAUAGACAAUAUCUAAUUAAAACAGUCAGAGAAAUUUUAAUCAAAAUAGAUCUGAAAGAAACUUAUUAAAAAAAGAUUUAUUGAGUUUGCAUACAGAAAAAUAAAAAUUAGAAGAUGAUCUUGAUGUCGAUUACUUUAAAAAUGAAUUACCUCCAAUGAGUUAAAUUCCAGUGAUGAAUUCAGUUAAAGGAGGUUAAAGAAUAAAAUUUGAUGGUAUAGAUGAUGAUGAGACAAAAUUUAGAACAGUUAUAUCAAAAUCAACUGGCUGA